UAAAUAAUACUAUCAGUUUAAAGCAAAAUAUUUGAUAUUUUCAAAAAAAAAUAUCAACAAAGAAAAUAAAUUGUGUUUCAGUGAGUGUGAGUGUGAAAAGAAAAAAUCUUUUCAUUACUUUUUUUUUGUGAACCUUAUCUUAUAUUGCUCGUAUGCUAUCUUCAAGUUCUCCCAUUACUUUAGCGGGGAGUCUUAAUAGCACAACAUCGGCAGCCAUGCAGCAACAAUCAAAUGCAUUUUCAGCUUAUGGCGAUAAGGCCCAAAUGGGUCUGGACAUCGAAUAUGGCACAGAUCCGGCUAGUGGGGCCAUAUUUAAGUAUGAAGGUCGCAAGCAUGACGAUUUAAAGCAAAUGCUGGAUAGUAACAAGGAUGGUUUGAAAUUGGAAGCCAUGAAACGUAUUAUAGGCAUGAUUGCCAGAGGACGUGAUGCCAGUGAUCUCUUUCCAGCUGUGGUCAAGAAUGUUGUUUCUAAGAAUAUAGAAGUAAAGAAAUUGGUUUAUGUGUACUUGGUACGUUAUGCUGAGGAACAACAAGAUUUGGCCUUACUGUCCAUUUCCACAUUCCAAAGAGCUCUUAAGGAUCCCAAUCAAUUGAUAAGAGCUUCAGCUUUAAGGGUAUUGUCCUCGGUAAGAGUGGCCAUGAUAGUGCCUAUAGUAAUGUUGGCCAUACGAGAUAGUGCAUCUGAUAUGAGUCCCUAUGUGCGCAAAACAGCUGCUCACGCAAUACCCAAGCUGUAUUCAAUAGAUCCGGAACAAAAGGAUGAACUGGUUACAGUAAUAGAGAAAUUGUUGUCGGAUCGUACUACCUUGGUAGUGGGUUCUGCCGUAAUGGCUUUCGAAGAGGUCUGUCCCGAACGUGUUGAUUUAAUACACAAAAACUAUCGCAAACUAUGCAAUCUGUUGGUGGAUGUAGAUGAAUGGGGUCAGGUGAUUAUUAUUAAUAUGCUGACACGAUAUGCUCGCACACAAUUUGUGGAUCCCAAUGCCGAUGAGCCUUCGGAGGAUGAAAACGCACAAAGUUCCGAAGAAAACAAAAAGUUUUAUGAUGAUUCAGAAGAGAGCGAUUCGAAUACCAGUGACGAUGAGGGCAAUAAGAAAACAAAAUCAAAUCAAAGUAAUAAAAAGCAAUCUUCUACUUCCUCACCUUCAUCUAGCUACCAUGUAGAUUUAGAUCAUCGUUUGUUGUUGAGACAAACCAAACCUUUACUGCAAUCACGCAAUGCUUCGGUAGUAAUGGCUGUAGCUCAGUUGUAUCAUCAUGUAGCCCCACGUCAGGAAGUGCAAAUUAUUGCAAAAGCUCUCAUACGUCUAUUACGUUCUCAUAAAGAGGUUCAAAGUGUGGUUUUGACCUGUAUUGCUUCAAUGUCUACAAAACGUAAGGCCAUUUUUGAGCCACAUAUUAAAUCAUUUUUUGUACGCACAAGUGAUCCAACCCACAUUAAAUUAUUGAAAUUGGAAAUACUUACUAACUUGGCCUCGGCUGCCAGUAUAUCUUUGAUUCUAAGAGAAUUCCAAACUUAUAUAUCCAGCAGCGAUCGUCCAUUUGUGGCUGCCACCAUACAAGCUAUAGGCCGCUGUGCUGGCACUAUAAAAGAAGUAACAGAAACUUGUCUCAGUGGUUUGGUACACUUACUCUCAAAUCGUGAUGAACAUGUUGUAGCCGAAAGCGUAGUGGUCAUUAAAAAACUCCUACAAACCAAGGCAGCUCAACACUUUGACAUUAUCUCACAAAUGGCCAAACUAUUAGACUUUAUAAAGGUACCAGCAGCCAGAUCUGCAAUAAUUUGGCUUAUAGGAGAGUACAGCGAAAAGGUGCCCAAAAUAGCACCAGAUGUAUUGCGGAAAAUGGCGAAAACGUUUGUCGAUGAAGAGGAUGCUGUAAAAUUGCAAGUUCUUAAUUUGUCGGUGAAAUUAUAUCUCACAAAUCCUCAACAAACUUCUUUGUUGUGUCAAUAUGUUUUCACUUUGGCUCGUUAUGAUGUCAAUUACGAUAUACGCGAUAGAGCUAGAUUCUUGAAACAGUUCAUAUUUCCCAGCAAUGGUAAAAGUAAUGUUUUAUCAGAAGUGGCCAAGAAGGUAUUCCUAUCAGCUAAGCCAGCUCCCACCUUGGAGAGCAAAUAUCAUACACGUAAUCUCUAUCAAUUGGGUUCUCUAUCGCACUAUUUGAAUAUGCGCUGUUCGGGUUAUAAUGAUUUGCCCAGUUUUCCGCAACAGCCUUCGGAUGCUUCAGUACGUAAUGUUGAAGGUUUUAUGCAAGAAAACCCUAGCAGAAUGUCUAACCACAUGUCUAAUAAUCAGGCUCAACACACUCCACAAAAAGAAAACAAUUCGAAACAAAAGAAAUCUAAGAAAACCGAAAAUUCGUUCUUUUCAGAAUCAGAAGAUAAAUCAUCAGAAUAUUCGAGCUCAAGUGAAUCCUCUUCGGGUUCUUCAACUUCUUCUUCGGAAUCAGAUUCAGAUGAUGAAAAUAAAAAUGAAACCACCACCAAGACAGUGGUGGCCAAAGAAGUGCAUAACACUAACAAUAACAAAAAAAUAGUGGAUUUAAAGGCAAAUAAUAACAAUAAUAUAGUUAACAAUGCCAAUGGUUCUGGCACCUCAGAUUCAGAAUCAUCCUCUUCUUAUGGCUCUUCUUCAUCCUCGGCUAGUGAAUCCUCAGAAACGGAAAGCGAUUCUGAGAGCGAGGAAGAAACACCAGCCAAAAAUAAUAAUAAAAAUGCAAACUCGAUUAAAACGGAAAAGGAAAAUCAAAAAGAACAAAAAAGUAAUUUAGAUUUAUUAUUGGAUUUAGAUGAUAUACCCCCUAUAGGCCCCGUAAUGACACCCUCUCUAGGUGGUUUUCUAACACCAGGUACUCCUUUAGCUGCUACACACACUGCUGCUUUGAUACCCCAACCAAUGGCAAAUCGCAUAGAUCUGGUAGGUCCUUCUUACAUCGCAUACAACUACAAGGAGUUAUUAAAUAAACUAUCGGGUCAUGGUCUACAAGUUAGCUAUCGUUAUACGCGUUCUCCUCAUCUAUAUUCCUCAGCCAUGGUAUCCAUCGAACUGCAAAUUGUCAAUCAAGGCACUGACGAAAUUUCCAACAUACAAAUGGGUCAAAAAUCUUUACCGCCUGGCAUGCAAAUGCAAGAAUUUGCCCCUAUUAAUAUACUCAACCCCGGUCAAUGUGCCACCAGUGUAAUGGGUGUAGAUUUUAAUGAUUCCACCCAUGCCAUUGAUUUUGAAAUCUGCUCAAAUAGUGGCACUUCUCGCGUGACCUUUAAACCCAUCAUAGGUGAACUUGUACGCUCCGUACACAUUACGGAAACCCUAUUUAAAGAAGAACGUCUCAAGUUAAGGGGAAUGAAUGAACAUCAAACUAAAUUAAAGUUAAAACAGGACACAGUUGAGGCCACAACUUUAAAACAGAAAAUAUUCGAAUGUAUUAAUGUAGCCGCCAUAAAUGGCAAUAAUGACAAUCCGAUCUAUAACUUUGUAGGACAAACCAUGACCUCAAAGAGUUUAGUACUGAUCACCUGUGAUUGGUCUCAAUCUUCAGAUGAAUUAGUUAUUCAAGUUAAUUGCGAGAAAAUGGUUAUUGGCUCGAUGGUUUUAAAUGAAAUCACCAGUUAUUUAAAUGCCACAUUUAAAUAUUAAAUAGGCAACGAACUAAUAAUUCAAAAAUAAAUAUAAACUAACCAGAAAUUUUUCCUAUAAAAAUGAUUCUUCGAAAUUAGCUUUAAGUUAAAUUUGUGUGUGUUGCCCUUAAUAUUAAAAUAAUAUCGGAAUGUGUAUUAUCAAACUUAAUGUUGUAAACUAAAAUGCCUUGUUAAUUUUUAUUUGGUUUUAUUACAUUUCUUGUAAACUACUUAAGGUUAAACAGGAAAGCUUUUUUUUCAAAAUUGAGGAAUUUUAAAGUAGUUAUUUUGCCUAUUGAAAAACAAAAAAAAAAACAUAAUUUUUGAUGAAUUUAUUAAGAAAUUCCAAGAAAAAACAACGGGAAUUGUGUAAAAAAUAAUUUGAUUUAAUAAAAUCUUGGUCAAUAUUUUUUAAAUAUACAAACAUUUUGGAACUUUGUGAAUUCGAAUAUGAUUUGUUAAUGUGAUUUUGAAAUUAUUAUAUUUGCUUUGGUUAUAAUUAUUAAAAAAAGGAUUUUUUACACAAUUCUUAAAAUAAAAGUAUUUGAUGUUUUAUUAUUCUAUAUUAAUCUUUAUUCAAAUUAUAUAUAAAACAGCUAAUAAAGCAAAUAUUGCAUACAUUUCUUUACUAUUCUAAGCAAAUUUUAAAAAAAUACUUUGCAAUUUUCAGGCCUAAGUCUCCUCUAGAUGUUUAAACCACUUAAAGGUUUCGUUAAAACAAUUUUCUAUGGCUAAAGCUUUUUAAAUAAAGAAAUUAAAUAAAA